AUGUGUGUGCAGCCUUUGCUUGUUGCAGCCUAUGCUUGUCGCAGCUCACGCUGUUCCACGUGCACUGGACAUGUUUGCCUGGAACUUGGCCUUCCUGCAAUCUAUGAGGCGCUGAACGCGCAUUUUAUGGGCUGCGAUGCCUUCGAAGACGGUGACUUGCUCGUGACCUUUCCUGGAUGCAAAGAUCCUGCUGCGUGCAACCCGCUCUUCAAUUUGGCCGUGGCAUAUGCCAAUGGGUCCUUCUCGCCGUGGGAAGAUAAUAUGCGCACUGCUGCAAGCAUUCGCCUUUUCGGACCCCCGGAUCUGGCAGCGGAACUGUAUCGCGCCUCUCGGGGUGAAGCAAAGGCGUGUUUAACUUACAUGCCUGGGAUGAUGGCCCAUUGA